UGCAGUUUAGGUCAUCAUCUUACUCGUUUGUGUUAAACGAGCUGCAUUACCCGCAUUUGUGAACAGACUAAACUGCCGAACUUUUGGAAGAGGCUGUCCUGCGGCCGAGGGGAAAGCGCGUUUGAAGACUUGGGCUUGUGUAUUCACAGUCACCAUGAGAGAAUACAAAGUGGUCGUGCUGGGAUCGGGAGGAGUAGGAAAAUCAGCGUUAACUGUUCAGUUUGUGACCGGAUCUUUCAUCGAGAAAUAUGACCCCACGAUAGAGGAUUUUUACCGGAAAGAAAUCGAAGUAGACUCGUCACCUUCGGUUCUAGAGAUACUGGACACGGCCGGAACGGAGCAAUUCGCCUCCAUGCGGGAUUUGUACAUUAAAAACGGACAGGGCUUUAUUCUCGUCUAUAGCCUUGUUAAUCAGCAGAGCUUUCAAGAUAUCAAACCGAUGAGGGAUCAGAUAAUACGAGUGAAGAGGUACGAGAAAGUGCCCAUGAUUUUGGUUGGCAACAAGGCUGACUUGGAUUGUGAAAGAGAGGUGUCUUCCGGAGAAGGCAAAGCGCUGGCCGCGGACUGGAAGUGUCCUUUUAUCGAAACUUCUGCCAAAAACAAAAGCUCGGUUGACGAAUUAUUUGCUGAAAUUGUGAGGCAAAUGAACUAUUCGUCUUUACCGAGUGGAAAAGAGCAGUGUUGUUCUUGUGCCAUUCUGUGAGUUUUUUUUCUUCUUUUUGCUGUCAUCCGCAGUGAAAAACUUUUAGGAUCAAACGUAAUGAGAGAAUCACUCUCAUUUUCGGAAAUGACAUUGCAUUUUUCACUUCAGUAUCAUACAAACAGUCGAUAAGAAAUGUUUACAUACAUGGCUAAAGUACUUGAAUGUAAGACUUC